AAUUUCUGGGUAGGGGAAUUUGAGGCAAUUCAUUUGCUUAGAGCACAUUCAUGGAAGAAGAGAAGCAGACAGAGGAAGAGAUAAUGCAAGAAGAAGAAGAGAUGGUAACACCAGGAGAGGUGUUAGGGAAAGCUGCUGAAGUGAAACCUGGGAAAGGUGCGUACUUGGCACCCUAUCGUAACACUGAAAUCCUCUACGUCUACUCCUCCUUAACGGGUGUCCGCCGCACUCUAUCACCUCCCGCCGACUCUACCGACCAGAGGCCAAUUGUGGAAGUAAUUGGACACAAGGCUCAUGGUGCUGUUCCAGAGCCUGGUUGUGUUGUCAUUGCCCGAGUUACUAAAGUCAUGGCUAAAAUGGCUUCAGCUGACAUUAUGUGUGUUGGUCCGAAGUCUGUGCGAGAAAAGUUUACUGGCAUAAUUAGGCAACAAGAUGUAAGAGCAACUGAGAUUGACAAAGUGGAUAUGCAUUUAUGUUUUCGUCCUGGUGAUAUUGUCAGAGCUCAAGUGUUGUCCCUUGGAGAUGCACGGGCUUAUUACCUUUCUACUGCCAAGAAUGAGUUGGGUGUUGUAUCUGCAGAGAGCACAGCAGGUGCAACAUUGGUGCCCAUAAGCUGGACAGAGAUGCAAUGUUCAUUGACUGGCCAAAUCGAGCAAAGAAAAGUUGCUAAGGUUGGAAGCUGACCAUGGUGGAAAAACAGGCCACAUCGAGACUUAAGAGAUAUCCUCCAUGUGUAUCUUCCUGGAAUUUUAUAGAGGAAGUGCACUUCCAAUUUCUUCUUAGUUAGGAGAUCAAUGGUCUCUUCCUAGUUUUGGCUAAUAUGAAAACCUUCAUACUUGGAUCUCUUAACAAGUUACACCUUGUGUUGUUAUUUCUCAUUCACUGUGUACUACUGCCUACUGCUGAACUUGUGUCAUAAACACAGAUUAGCUCAAUUUAUUUGUUUCCAUGUGAUUUUCUUAUAAAAAGAGCAUUUGUCAAAGUCAUAUUAUUUGAUUUGAAAUUCAAUUAUUUUCUCUAA